AUGGUCGAAAUCCAGAUUGUGUCUGACUUGCAUCUGGAAAAUCCAUCUGCCUACGAUGUCUUCGAGGUCACCCCCCACGCGCCGUACUUGGCACUCCUGGGUGACAUAGGUGUGGUGGAAGAUGCAGGAUUUUUCACUUUUAUUGAAACUCAACUCGCUCAGUUUCAGGUGGUGUUUCUACUCCUAGGCAAUCAUGAACCAUGGCAGUCAUCAUGGCCGAAGACAAGACUGAAAAUAUCCGAGUUUUCUGACUCAGUCAAGAAACGACGUACACCGGAUGAGCCCACAACAAAGCCUCUGGGCGAAUUUGUCUUUCUGGACCGGACCCGAUACGAUAUCGCCCCAGAUAUCACAAUCCUCGGAUGUACCCUUUGGUCCAAUAUCACCGAGGAAUACAAGGAGCGCAUCAGCUUUGGAAUCAACGACUUCUAUUACAUCAGCGAUUGGGAUGUUGCGGAGCACGUCGGCUGUCAUCAAGCAGACCUAAAAUGGCUCAAUAGCCAGGUUGCGCACAUCGCAGCUUCUGAACCACAACGGAAAAUCGCCAUUUGGACACACUACAGCCCUGUCAUGACUGAUGCUCGUGCGGCCCACCCAAAGCAUAGCAAUAGCCCUCUUUCGUCGGGAUUCGCCGCGGAUCUUUCGCAGGAGGAAUGUUGGACCAAUCCGCAAGUGCACCUUUGGGCAUUCGGCCAUACCCAUUACAAUACUGACUAUACUGAUGAAAUGACUGGUAAGCGGGUCGUCAGCAAUCAGCGGGGGUACUACUUUUCUCAGGCUGUUGGAUUCGAUUUGGAGAAGGUCGUUCGCAUUUGA